GGUAAACAAGCAAAAAGUCUUGCAUUUAAAAGUAAGUACCUGUCACAGCACUUGAGCAUAGUGUACCAAACCUUCCCCUGCAACUUAGCUUUCAGCAAUGGCGGAAAUAGUACAUGACCUUUUCCCAUUGAUCAGAGUUUACAAAGAUGGCCGAAUCGAGAGGCUGUUGGGCGAAGGCGUUGUUCCAGCUGAAUUGGAUCCUGAAACCGGAGUCCAAAUCAAAGAUGUCCAAAUUGAUCCAAAAAUUAACCUAUCAGCAAGACUUUACCUGCCCAAAAAUCUCGAUCAGGUUCAAAAAAUUCCCCUUUUCGUCUACUUUCACGGCGGCGGCUUUGUGAUUGAAUCUGCUUCUUCACCUUCAUACCAUAAGCAUCUUAAUUUGGUAGCAACUGAAGCCAAUGUUAUAAUCGUCUCUGUUAACUACAGGUUAGCUCCUGAAUACCCAUUACCCAUAGCUUAUGAAGAUUCAUGGUUAGCUCUCAAAUGGAUCGCUUCACAUGCUAAAGGUGAAGGUCAUGAGCCAUGGCUAAAAGACCACGCUGAUUUAAAUCACGUUUAUUUUGGUGGAGAUAGCGCUGGUGCUAAUAUUGCUCAUAAUAUAGCAAUUCGGGUCGGGUUGGAAAAGUUGGAUGGCGUCAAACUUGAUGGGAUUUUUCUAGCCUGUCCGUAUUUCUGGGGGAUUGAUUUAAUUGACGGUGAGGCUGAAAACUUGGAUUGCAAAAACUACAUUGAGAAGCUCUGGGCUUUUGCUCAUCCAAAUAGCUCCGGAUUAGAUGACCCGUUGAUGAACCCGGAAAAGGAUCCGAAAUUGUCUAGCUUAGGGUGUGACAAAGUACUUGUUUAUGUUGCUGGAAAAGAUCCGUUGAAAUACAGGGGACUGUACUAUAAGGAGUUAUUAGAGAAGAGUGGGUGGCAAGGGACAGUAGAGGUUGUGGAGAUUAAGGAUGAGGAACAUGUGUUUCAUUUGUUUGCUCCGACGAGUGAAAAUGCUAUGGUCGUGCUGAAAAAGUUGGUCUCUUUCCUUAAUCAGUCCAAGGCCUAAAUUCCUCAAAACGACGAUUUUUUCAUUUUCAGCUGUUGCUCAUGUCUACUGGGAAGGAUGAUCUUAGCUUAACUUGUAACGAUGAAGGGAAAUAUUCACACUUUUCACCUGUUAAUUUCAAUUUGAGCUAAUUCCUUCUCUUUUA